AUGGAAUCAGCAAUCAGAAUGGGUAGCCCAAUCUGCCUCAUUGAGAACAGGAUAGAAGGAGGAAGAGCAAAGCUAGUGGUGAACCCUGAGGCCAUCAACAUCCUCUCCAACAUCCACCAACCAGUGGUGGUGGUGUCCAUUGUCGGCAUGUAUCGGACUGGAAAGUCAUACUUGAUGAACAGGUUGGCUGGAGCUCAGAAAGGCUUCAGUCUGGGUUCUACUAUUCAGUCUCAGACCAAAGGUAUCUGGAUGUGGUGUGUCCCUCACCCCAUGUAUAAGGAUCGUGUUCUGGUUCUCUUAGACACAGAAGGCCUGGGGGACGUAGAGAAGGGGGAUAAAAAAAACGACAGCAAGAUCUUCACCCUUGCAAUCCUACUAAGCAGUGCCUUGGUGUAUAACAGCCUCGGCACCAUCAAUCAGGAUGCCCUGGACAAAUUAAAAUUUGUAGGGGAAAUCACGGAAUUAAUCAAGGUGAGAACUGGCAGCAUUCAGGACGAGCAAGAAACAUUUUCCACAUACUUCCCCAUCUUUGUUUGGGCAGUGAGAGAUUUUAAUCUGGAACUGAAGAUUGAUGGGAAGACGGUCUCAGCGGAUGAUUACCUGGAGAACGCCUUAAAGCUUAAAACAC